AUGUCACAAACAAAUGGAUUCACCAAACUUGCCUACUCCCGCGUCUGGCACCACAUCUCAGCCAGCACACCACACAUCCCCCUCUCAACCCUCCGACCGCGCCCCACGGCCGCCUCCCCCCCCUCCCUCAUCGCACAAAUAACCCCACCGCCCCUCGGCCGCCUAGCCUCCCGCAUCGCGCUCAUCCUCAUGGGAAAAAAUAAGCCGAUCUACGAUCCCUCGACCGACUGCGGCGACUACGUCGUCGUCACCAAUUGCGCGCACCUGCACACCACGGGCAAGAAAAUGUAUCAGAAACUUUACUAUCGCCAUAACACGCGACCGGGUAGUCUGAAGGAAAUUAGUAUGGAGGGACUCAUGGCGAAGUUUGGAGGCGCCGAAGUGCUCAGGAAGGCGGUUAGUGGGAUGUUGCCGAAGAAUCGGUUGAGGGAUGGGAGGUUGGGGCGCUUGAAGGCGUUUGAGGGGGCGGCACAUCCGUAUAAGCAGAAUUUGAUAAGGUUUGAGGGAAUGAGGAGGGAUUUGAUGCCGGAUGAGAUGUAUUCUGCACCUGAACUUGCCGAGUGGCUAUUUGAUGAUCAACCAGAGGAAUCAUUGUUCUUGUGA